AUGGAGGAACGAGGGCAGAGAAGCAAUCGUAGAUCGGUGCUAGUCCCCUGCCCCUUUCAAGGACACAUAACCCCGAUGCUCAAUUUGGGGUCCCUCCUGCAUUCCAAGGGCUUCUCUAUUGUAAUAGCUCACACUCACUUCAGUCAUCCCCAUCCAUCUGGUUUCCCCAAUUUUACCUUUGCUUCUAUUCCCGACUGCUUACCGAAGGAUGUCCUCUCCUCGGGAGAUGCUGCAGCUAUUACAGCAAAUCUCAACACCAACUGUGAAGGACCUCUCCGCCAAGUAUUGUCAGAUAUGAUGGCACAGGAUGGAGCAACCGAGAGUAAAAUCUCUUGCGUGAUUUAUGAUUCGCUGAUGUAUUGUGCAGAAGCCGCAGCUCAUUAUGUGAAACUUCCUAGCAUGGCUUUGCUCACUAGUAGUAUCGGCACACAGCUGAUUUUCUCUGAAUUGCCUCGGCUCCAAAAGGAAGGUUAUUUUCCCCCGAAAGGUAUGUUCAAUCCUCAUAUAGUAACAGACAAUAAACUAUCAGAUAUCAGUAUGCGCAAUAACCUUCUAGUCACCUCUGUGAUGUAG